CAAAAAAAGUUUAUCAUAACCUGAUGAGAGACUAUCAGACAAAUGAAACAAUUCUUUUUACAUAUACACACACUAUAAAACAGCCUUUACUUUUCUUAAAACUGUUAUUUUAAUUCCCAUGUCCCCCUUCCCCACUGGAUCCCCUCCUCACUGGAUCUCUCUCAUCUCUCUUCUGGUUUUUAAAUAUUCUUCAAAAGCCCCCCUUUGAGUUUAGUUUGACUUCUUCAUUUCAGACCAACAACAUUGGCAAAUUUCCAUUAGCUAGCCAUCCUAAAGUCUCAUCAGCAACAUAACAAACCAUCUUGCUUCUUUCCUGAAGGCAUUCUUUUCCAUUCAAUCUCACACAUUUUUACAAACACUAGGAAAGAAGCAGAAGGAAUCAAAGUACAGAAUGAUGAAUCAUACAUAAUCAGAUAUUGUAGUAGUUGAAGGGAUUCUUUUGAUAUGGAGUUCUCUGAAUCAAACUAUCAGUUCUCCAGCUUAUGGGAUGGUGUUUUGGAGGUAACAAAAUUAGCCCAAGAAAAUGGAGGUGAUCCUUCAUCAUGGGCAAUUCAAGUUUCCUCAAUCUUGAGCUCUUCAGGGGUGUCUUUCCCUUCUUUUGAGCUGGCCAACUUCUUGGUUUCAUAUAUUUUCUGGGAUAACAAUGUCCCCAUAGCCUGGAAAUUCUUGGAGAAAGCUCUGGUUUUCAAGAUUGUCCCUUCUCUUCCUCUUCUUGCUCUGCUUUCCUCAAGGGUAAUCCCAAAUCGACAUGUGUGGCCAGCGGCAUUUAGGCUUUACAUGGAACUCGUAAAGAUACAUGCUUUUUCAUUUAAAAGUCAUUUAAAUCUGCCAAAUUACCAGAAGAUCAGGAAUUCACUAAGUAACAUUCUCCAUUGCCAGAUAACUGACCAGACAGUGAAUGAGCCUGGGGUUGUUAUCAUUGAGAUCAUCUAUUCACUUGUUUGGCAGUUUGUUGAUGCAACCUUGGAUGAUGAAGGCUUGCUACAGUUUACUACUGAAAAGAAAUCUGGAUGGCCUACUAAACCACCAGAUAUGGAGAUAGAUUGCUAUGACAGUUCUGAUGGAUUGAGGCUUGAACUCAGAGAGAGGUUGAGGAGUUCUAAUACUGUCAUGGCAAUAGAGUUGAUUGGUCAAUUUCUGCAUAACAAAGUAACUUCCAGGAUUCUUUACUUGGCUCGCAAAAACAUUCCAGCACAAUGGUGCAGUUUUGUCCAGCGAAUCAAGCUGCUUGCAUCCCAUUCAACAGCCAUAAGAAAUUCUAAACUUCUGAGUCCAGAGGCUCUUCUGCAGUUAUUAUCAGAAAAUGACAAGGUUAUGCUUCGGCAGUACAGAAUGCGUUCUGCAAAGCAGUUGUCAGGCGUUUCACAUUUUAGAUCUCUAGCACAUGGUUCUGACCUUUGUGUUGGGCUUAGUCGUGCAUCUCUUUGGCUUCCUCUUGAUCUGGUACUGGAAGAUGCAAUGGAUAACUCACUCGUCAAUGCAACUAGUGCUGUUGAAACUCUUACUGGUUUAGUUAAAGCUCUUCAAGCCAUCAAUGGAAGCACAUGGCAUGAAACCUUCUUAGGACUGUGGAAGGCAGCUUUACAUCUUGUUCAGAGGGAAAGGGAUCCAAUUGAAGGACCUGUCCCUCGCCUGGAUACACGGUUGUGCAUGUUAUUUUCUAUCACAACUCUGGUGGUUGCUGAUCUUAUUGAAGAACAGGAAACUGCUCCCAGCGAUGAGAUUGCCUCUGACCUGGACAGUCACAGCAUGAAAGAGCCUCUUGGAAGUCGUAGAAGGGAUUUAGUCUCCAGUUUACAGAAUCUGGGUGAUUAUGAAAUGCUAUUAACUCCUACCCACUCUGUUAUUCCAGCAGCAAACCAGGCUGCUGCAAAGGGAAUGAUGUUCGUCUCAGGCAUUAAUGUGGGCAGCGCAUACUUCGAAUCCAUCAGCAUGACAGAUAUUCCAAUAAACUGUUCCGGCAACCUCCGCCAUUUGAUAGUUGAGGCAUGCAUUGCCAGAAAUUUAUUGGAUACAUCUGCUUACUUCUGGCCAGGCUAUGUGAAUGGAAGCAUUAAUCAAUUACCUCAGACUGUUCCCACUCAAAUGCCUAGUUGGUCAUCCUUUAUGAAAGGUGCUGCACUUACGCCACUGUUGAUAAACGCUUUAGUGGCAGCUCCUGCUUCCAGUUUAGCAGAACUAGAAAAGGUCUUUGAGUUAGCUGUCAAAGGAUCUGAUGAUGAGAAGGUAGCUGCUGCAAGUAUUCUUGUUGGUGCCUCCUUGAUUUGCGGUUGGAAUAUCCAGGAACACACUGUUUACUUUAUAACUAGAUUAUUGUCUCCGCCAAUUCCUGCUGAUUACAAUGGAAACGACAGUCAUUUGAUAGGUUAUGCACCUAUGCUGAACGUCUUGCUUGUUGGCAUUUCACCUGUUGAUUGUUUCCAGAUUUUCUCGCUUCAUGGCAUGGUUCCACAACUCGCUUGCUCAUUGAUGACAAUUUGUGAGAUAUUCGGCUCUUGUGUUCCAAAUAAUUCAUGGACACUUACAACAGGAGAGGAAAUCUCUGCGCAUGCUGUAUUUUCCAAUGCCUUUACUCUUCUUCUAAAGUUAUGGAGAUUUAACCAUCCUCCCAUUGAAUAUGGAGUUGGGGACGUGCCACCAGUGGGUAGCCAAUUAACUCCUGAAUACCUCCUCCUUGUGCGCAACUCCCUCCUCGUGUCCUCUGGCAACUCACUAAGUGACCCAAACAGAAGGAGACUUUCUGCUGUUGCAAGUGCUUCAUACCCUAAACCCAUCUUUGUAGACUCAUUCCCAAAACUUAAAGUUUGGUACAGGCAACAUCUGGCUUGCAUAGCAUCUCCCCUCUCAGGCCUUGUUCAUGGAACUCCUGUUCAUCACACGGUUGAUGCACUUCUAAACAUGAUGUUCAGAAAAUGUAGCAGAGGCAGCCAGUCAGUAACUUCUAUCACCUCGGGGAGUAGCAGUUCCUCUGGUCAAGGUAGUGAAGAUAUGUUUCCAAGGCCUGUAUUACCGGCCUGGGAUAUCCUAGAAGCUGUCCCUUUUGUUGUUGAUGCUGCUCUAACAGCUUGUGCACAUGGAAGACUUUCUCCUCGGGAACUUUGCACAGGCCUUAAAGACUUGGCUGAUUACCUGCCUGCAUCUUUGGCGACCAUAGUUAGUUAUUUUUCUGCCGAAGUAACUCGCGGUGUCUGGAAACCAGUUUUCAUGAACGGCACAGAUUGGCCAAGUCCAGCAACAAAUCUCUCCUAUGUUGAGGAACACAUUAAGAAUAUUUUAGCUGGUACUGGCGUUGAUGUUCCGAGCCUUUCUGCAGGGGGAAACGCUCCAGCAACACUUCCACUACCCUUGGCAGCAUUUGUUAGCCUUACAAUAACAUACAAACUUGAUAAAUCCUCGCAGCGGUUUCUCGAUUUGGCAGGCCCAGCUUUGGAGUCUCUUGCGGCAGGUUGUCCAUGGCCGUGUAUGGCAAAUGUUGCUUCUUUGUGGACCCAAAAGGCAAAAAGAUGGAGCGACUUCCUUAUUUUUUCAGCUUCUCGUACUGUCUUUCUGCACAACAACGAUGCAGUGGUUCAACUGCUAAAAAGCUGCUUCAAUGCAACUCUUGGUUUAAAUACUAAGUCAAUCACAAGCAAUGGGGGUGUUGGAUCCCUUCUUGGACAUGGAUUUGGAUCGCAUAUUUAUGGAGGGCUUUCUCCAGUGGCCCCUGGGAUUCUUUAUCUACGAGUUUACAGAUCGAUCAGAGAUAUCAUGUUCUUGAAAGAAGAAUUUGUUUCUAUAUUGAUGCAAUCCGUGAAAGACAUAGCUUGCAGUGGACUCACUGGACAACCACCUGAAAAGCUAAGGAACCCCAAAAACGGAAAGUAUGGGCGUGGCUCUCUUGCUACAACAAUGACGAGGGUGAAAUUAGCAGCUUCUCUGUGUGCUUCAUUGGCAUGGUUAACUGGUGGACUGGGUCUGGUGCAUUCAUUGAUUAAAGAAUUUCUACCUUCCUGGUUUGUGUCUGUUCAUCCAUCAGAUUAUGAUGGAGAAUCUAGAAUGAAUGUUCCAAAGCUCCGAGGUUAUGCCCUAGCAUACUUGACGGUGUUCUGUGUAGCCCACGGAUGGGGGUUGGAUACAACAUCAUCAGCAUCAAAACGACACCCAAAAGUUCUCGGGUGUCAUUUUCAUUUUCUAGCUAGCGUCCUUGAUGGCAAGAUAUCGGUUGGCUGUCACCCAGCAACCUGGCGUGCUUAUGUUUCAGGAUUUCUGAGCUUGAUGGUCGAAUGCUUUCCCGCUUGGAUGUCAGAAGUGGACAGUAAAUUGUUGAAGAAACUAAGUGAAGGACUUAAGAAAUGGAAUGAGGAAGAGCUUGCUCUAGCCUUGCUUGGGGUUGGCGGUGUUGGCACAAUAGGGGCAGCUGCUGAACUCAUCCUAAAUAUUGACUUGUAGUUCUCAUGAACAUUGGAAAUUUUGUAGAUAAAGUCAGUAGACAGAAUAUAUGUAACCUUGUAUUCAGGUAGGUAAUCUUUUGCAGAAUGAGAAAUCAAGAUUCUUCCAUAAUCUUUGAGUCAAGAAAUGAAUGGAUAUUUCAGAAACACGAUCCAAAUUCAGCUAAACAGACGGGAAAAUAAAAAUGUAAAGCAGAGAGACUUGGACAAGACUUAAGAUAACUCAAUAGAAUGAAAAACAUCAUAAUUAAUGGUACAAGAGCAGUUUGGACCAUUGUUUUUACAUCAUACAACUCCACUAUAUGCUGGUGACCUGGUCAAUCGCUGGUUAACCAUGGCUUCCCUGACUGAAAAAACAUCACUCCAUCGGCCAGCAUCAGCAUAAAUGUUAGAUAAAAGAACUCUACUUGGUCCAUUAGAAGGCUCCAACCUAGCCAAACUCUUGGCAGCCCUUUCUCCUACAUCCACGUUGCCAUGUGUUUUUGAUGCGGCCAAAAGGGUUCCCCAUAUCGCGAUGUCUGCCUCCAUAGGCAUGCUUUGUAUUAGUUCUUCAGCUUCUUUUAGUCUCCCUGCUCUACCUAGAAUAUCAACCAUGCAUCCAUAGUGCUUGACACUAGGCUCUAAUUUGUAAAUGCUCGUCAUGCUCUUAAAAUGCUUCUUUCCUUCAUUCACCAACCCUGCAUGGCAACAUGCGGUUAAGACUCCAACAAAGGUAAUGGGAUUGGGUCUGAUUUCUCGCUGUUGCAAAUCGGAAAAUAUUCUGAGAGCCAAUUCUGCAUGCCCGUGCAUUGCUGAGCCACAGAUCAUAGCAUUCCACGGUGACACAUCAGAUGUUUUAUCUUUCACUUGAGUGAACACUUCCACCGCACUGCUGAUACUACCGCACUUAGCGUACAUGUCGAUGAUUGCUGCACUCAGAUUGUCAGUAAUAGAGAUGGAAUUAUUGAUUAUGAAAUCAUGGGCCCAUUUCCCUUCCUUUAAUAUACCCAAAGAAGCAAUAGCAGAUAGUACGCUAACCAUUGUAACUUCAUUCGGUUUGAACUCAGCACUAACCAUCUCAUGGAAAAGCUCUAGUGCCAACUCGGGCUUCUCAUUCUGCGAAUAACCAGAAAUCAUGGAGCUCCAUGAAAAAACAUCCCUCUCUGGCAUCUCAUCGAACAAACCCCUAGCUUCAUCGAGCCUUCCAUUUCUAAUUAGACCUGAAACAAGAGCAUUCCAGUUUGCGAUAUGGAGCUUGCUUCCAAGUUUGAACUGCAAACAUGCAGAACUGAUUUUCUCACAAGCAGCAUAAUAAUGAAUUAUUGUUGUCUGCAUGAAGUCGUAACAAUCAAAGGCCUUCUUUAUCGUUACAGCAUGGAACUGUUGACCCUCUGUAAAGGCACUGGCUUCUGCACAAGCUGAAAUCAUAUCCACAAUCAUAACAUCAUUUGAACCUACACCUGUACGGAUCAUUUCAAGGUACAAGGACAAAGCCUCAGUCAACCUCCCAAAUUGCAGGUAACCACCAAUAAUAGUACCCCAAGAAACCACAUCUUUAUCAUCAAUCUUAUCAAAUAAAUCUCUAGCAGAAUCAAGGAAACCUGCCUUUGCAUAUCCAUUCAAUAUCACAUUCCAUGAAACUACAUUUCUUUCAGGCAUCUCAUUGAACAACAACCUCGCAUCACUCAACUGCGAACACAAACAAUACAUGUGUAGUAAAUUAGUCGAAACAAGAACCUGUCUGAGAAGUCCAAGUUUCAUCACCAGCCCGUGCAAUGUUCUACCCUUCUCGACCUUCCAACCACACACAUGCAAGAAAGCCGAGAUCACAGUCCCCAUAGUCACCUCGUUCGGAGAAACCCCUGCAGACCUCAUUUGCUCGAAAACUCGGAUCGCCUCACUCCAACACUCAUUCUGAGCCAACCCGAUUAUCAUCGUAGUGAAAGAAACACAAUUCUUUCCAGGCAUUUUAUCAAACAGCUCGCGGGCUUCGUUCAUGUAACCCGCUCUCACGUACCCGGAAACCAUAAUGUUGCAAGAAACGGCAUCAAGCUUUUCGCUUUCAUCAAAUAUCCGUUUCGCAACACGAAUCCAACCACAUUUGACAUAAAAACUAAUCAAACUAUUGUUAAUAAAAACAUUCCUAUCAAGUCCUGAUUUGACAACAUGACCAUGGAGCUGUUGACCACGAGGAACCCACGAAUUCGCAGAGCAUUCUCUCAGUGCAGAGAUGAUCGAGAGUUCGUAAUCGUUCUUUACGUUUCCGGGUUUGUUCGGGUUUUCUGCAACGGCUAAGCGGGUGGAUGGGGAAGCAGUAAAAGGGAAAUUCUGAGAAAUUAUGGUGGAAAGACAUUUGCGAGUUUGGUGAAUGAAGAAAGAAACAUGGGAUGAAUUGGUUCUGAAAGCUAUGUUCAUUAGACGAUAUCAUUAGGCGUGAAUGAUUCCGGAAUUAGAGAUUUCAGAGAGUUUCAUAUGUUGUUAGUUAACGAACGAACUUUUGAAAGAAAAGUUGGCGGCAGUUCAUGGACUGAACAGAAAACCUCGUAGCCUUUGUGCUUCUUUAUCUGAAUUCUGAACUAUUUUGACUUUUUGAGCAUUGAUGAAUGAAUGUACCAACUAAAUUGACGAAAAAUUGUCUUAUCCCUUGGCUAGGG